AUGAAGAAUAUCCAAGCACAGAUCCAAGUUAAAGAGGAUGCCCAGCCUCGAUUCUGGAAAGCCCGCCCACUAGCGCUGGCUUGUAAACCAGCAGUGGACGAAGCAUUGAGAGAGCUGGAAGCUGAAGGAGUUCUAAAGAAGGUAGCUACUAGUGAGUGGGCUGCUCCAGUUGUGACACCUGUGAAGAAGGAUGGCAGUGUAAGAGUGUGUGGUGACUUCAAAGUGACCAUCCAUUCACAGCUGGAGGUAGACGAGUACCCACUUCCCCGCAUUGAUGAUAUUUACGCCAGCCUAGGUGGGGGAACGUUGUUCAGCAUCAUUGACCUGUGUCAGGCUUACUUACAAAUGGAGGUUGAGGAGCACUCCAGGCCUUUCCUCACCAUUAACACAACCCGUGGUUUGUUCCAGUACCAGCGCCUUCCUUAUGGUGUAGCUUCGGCGCCAGCCAUCUGGCAGCAAGCCAUGGAUCAGAUCCUGCAAGGGCUACCAGGGGUCUUCUGUUACCUGGAUGAUAUCAUUAUAACCGGCCAUACCAUAGAGGAACACCUUGAGCGGUUAGUCGCAGUACUGAAGAGGCUGGAAGAGUAUGGUUUGAAAGCGAACCGAGAAAAGUGUAAAUUCCUUAGAAGCUUUGUGGAGUGCCUAGGACAUGUCAUCUCUGCAGAAGGACUGCAUCAAUCCCCAAAGAAAGUAAAGGCUAUCACUGAGAUGCCGAAACCUCAGGAUGUUACUCAAUUGCGUGCUUUUCUUGGCAUGGUCCAGUAUUACGCCAAAUUCUUGCCUUAUCUGGCCACUCAUCUUGCUCCACUUCAUCGGCUGUUACAGAAAGAUGUGAAGUGGCUGUGGAGAGCUGCGGAACAAGCUAGUUUUCUUGUGGUGAAAGAAAUGUUGCUACAGGAUAGGGUUCUGAUGCGCUAUGACCCUGACUCACCACUAGUUCUUGCCAGACAGCUCCUCGUAUGGUUUGGGAGGGGUCUUGUCACACCGUACCGCUGA